AUGGAUAAAAGAUAUAGAGCCAAGUGCGGAUAUGGCAGAGUUGAGAUCAGCGAAAUAAUGAGAUACGGCGAGCCACUGAAAGACGGACGAGACUGGCAGAAGAAGCCUGUUGAGCACAAGUUAAGAGAUGAAAAGCUGAGACAAAUGAUGAGUAUGAACUCUGAGAAAGACGAUGACGAUUUUUUUGGGAUUGAGUAUGUCUCAAGUUCGCCCAUUCCACGACACCUCAGUGAUAAGUCAAAUGUGAAAGCGGCAAAUCAGCAAAAGGUGUCAGGCAUUGACUUCAUCGAUUCACAAUAUUUCGGUGAACUGGCCUCGUCAGAAGAUUCAUCUCAACCACAGCAGUCGAUAUCAGUCGACAGUUCAAACAUUAUCGAUGAGCAGUACUUCAAGUAUACGCCUUCCGGAUCGUCAACUACCGAGCAUCCACCGGCAACCAAGAACAUGCAGAAUAUAGCCCAUAGUCAGGAGAAGGCGACGGUGAUGGAUUAUGAAGAUAUGGAUUACAUCUCACAACAGCUCAUCACUGGAUAUCAACCGAAACAGUCGGUAUCUGGUCGUCACAGUAGGCACCGGUCAAAUGAACUUGCUGAGCAAAGCGAUGAAAGCCGAUCGCCAUCAAGUCGUGAGAAUGCAUCGCAGAAAGUGGAAAAGCAACCAAGAGCUUCCAAAAACGUCGCACCCCGUGUGAUAAUUUCAGAGUGCCGCCAAAUUGAAUUUACCGGUUUUCAGCCGAAGAUGUCACUGGAAGAAGAUAGAAGUGGAUUAGAUAAGAUUUUGUGUAUGCUUGAUCCAGUAUGGAAAAUGAAUGAUCAACAACUGGUCGAACUGAUGUGUGAGCGGGUUGUUUAUGAGGAUGAGGAGCUGUUGGCAUUCGAUAAGCCCUCUCAGAUGGCUUAUUCGGGUGCUAAAAAGAAUCAAGCUCAACUGGACCGUUUAUUGCAAGAUCUCAAAGCUUCUAUUGCACCAAACGUUGAACGUCUCCAUCUCAUUCGAUCGUUGGACAAGGAUCUUAGUGGAGUGAUAUUGUUCGCAAAAAAUGAGUCGGUACAAAAGAAAAUUGUCGAACAAUACAAAGAAGGCUUAGUGGAACAGCGUUAUCGAGCAAUUGUUCGGGGUGUGCCGGAGGAAGCCGAAGCGACCAUCAAUAUACCACUCGUCAAGAGAUUGAACCAGCAAGAUUUCUAUGUGCGACCGUACAGGACUGGUAAGGGCAAGAUUCAGCCAUUAAUUGCUCUAACUGAUUAUCGAGUCAUGCAAGAUAACGGAGAGUGUUCAUCUAUUGAAUGUAUUGUUAGGAAUGAUGUACCGCACCAGAUUCGUUCUCACCUUGGUUACGGCCUGAAAUGUCCAAUUAUUGGUGACUGUAAAUAUAGUGGAAAAAAGCAUUCAGAGCCUCCGAAGUUACCGGCUAGAACAAUGCAACGCUUGCAAAUAACGGGUAAUCAGUAUAGACGCCUGCCGAUGUAUCUUCAUCUCAGUGAAGUGUCCAUACCGUUACACGCAAACGGUUCUCGUACGAUAAACAUUCGAGCGGCACUCCCAAAUUUUUUCCUUCAUACACUCCGAAAGCUUCGACUUAUAAAGUUGAAGUAA